UUCCUUUGGUACGAAGACGCCAUUGGUUCGUGCUCUUGUGUUUCUUCCAGCUUACACAAAGGAACAUGAUUUAGUUUAACAUCUUAGACAGUUUAGAAAUCAAUGAAUGUGAUUAUAUCGGCUGAAAACUGAAUGACCAUCUUCUGCACAUGGGUCGCGAGUGUUUUAUUUUUUUGUCUGGCCUCUAAUUGUGGGCCUAAGCCAGAGAGCGUGACAGAUUGGUCCACGGUCUUCGUCUAGUGUAGGCCUAAGUCGGCCUGUGUUCACAUUUAGAUGAGCACCAGGUUCACGCGUGUCGUCAAACUUUAUCUUGAACGAAAUUACUUUUGGUGUCUUGGAGAAACGUUCAUCUAAUGGCCACAACUAUCUCGGCGUCUCUUGUGUGUGUUCAUAAAGUGACUGCUUAACCUAAUGUUUGGGUUAGCAUUUUUAUGGGUGAUUGCACCUUUUUUCGAAAAGACCUGAAAGUUAACCCACAAUCAAAUGUAAUAGUGAAGGAAAACGAUCAAGAAGGACAUGUAUUUGAAGAGUGGUAUGCUCAAUACUUGAAAAUGGCCAAUAUGAAAAUGCCAAAUCCCAUCAAGGGAUUGGUCAGUAAACGACGGAAGAGGUACACUCAAGAUGGCUUUGAUCUCGACCUCACAUAUAUUCAAAACAAUCUGAUAGCUAUGGGUUUUCCAGCUGAAAAGCUAGAAGGCGUUUACAGGAAUCACAUUGACGAUGUUUAUAAAUUUCUUGAAAAGAAACAUAAGGAUCACUAUAAGAUUUACAAUUUAUGUUCUGAAAGAUCUUAUGAUGGAGCAAGGUUUCAUCAGAGGGUGGCCAAUUAUCCAUUUGAUGACCACAAUCCUCCAACAAUGGAGGUUAUUCAACCAUUUUGUGCUGAUGUUCAUAAUUGGCUUUCUCAAGAUACUAAGAAUGUAGCUGCAGUUCAUUGUAAGGCUGGAAAGGGGCGGACCGGAACAAUGGUAUGUUGCUAUAUGUUGCAUGCUAAACAUUUUCAAAAAGCCAGUGAUGCUCUUAGCUAUUAUGGGGAAAGAAGGACACAUGACAAAAAAGGUGUGACCAUUCCCAGUCAGCGCAGAUAUGUUGAAUAUUAUGCUUCUCUUGUCCAAGAGCAAUUGGUUUACCGCCCCGUAACACUAGCAAUCAGAGAAAUACGGCUUGAACCAACGCCAGUAUUAAAUGGAGGGCAAAGCACUAUAACUUUUUCAAUAUCAGUGGGGAGUGAGAAACACUUUGUAUCUCCAACAUAUGAAGUUAAAAAAGGUGUCCCAUCACUCACAAUAAAAAUGGAGCAUCUGGUACCAUUACAAGGUGACAUCAAGGUGGACUUUUUCAAUAAACCAAAAAUGAUGAGAAAGGAAAAGCUUUUCCAUUUUUGGUUCAAUACUUUCUUUGUAAAAAAAGAAGCAAAUUUAAAUGUACCUGAUAUGAAAGAAAAUGGCAAUGAGGUUGAAAGACCAGAAAGAACGAUUAGAGCUCUCAGUUAUGAUGAACAAGCUCAAAUCGGGCAAGUAGAUGCAAGCAGUCGGUCAGUUAGAACACGGUCUUUGGCAUCACUUGACCCUGAUGCAAAAAUGGUUGUUCUUACCCUUGACAAAUGGGAACUGGACGAUGCUCACAAGGACAAGCAAAAUAAAAUAUUUGCUGCCGACUUCAGGGUUCAUGUUUUGAUGGCCCGACUUCCUCCUACAGAGCCAUCAGAGUGGCAUAAACCCUGCUUGCAUUCUGGCAAUGCUCUGCACUUAACUGAAACUCCAAGUGAGUCCUCAGAAGCUGACUCGACAGAUCCUUCAACAGCUGAAGAAGAUGAAGAAGAAGAGGAGGAGGAGGAGGAUGGGUGGGAGUCCGGUGAAUCAACAUACCUGUGAUCCUGGUGCCUACGCUUUUUCAUGUAAUCAUGGGUUGUGGGUUUCAUUAAAAUCCACCAGCUCACUAACAAAGUGGAAUCUGGCUCACUUGCUUGUCUUGCUGCUCUCUCGUCCAUGGCUUCUUCAUGAGGACAGGAGGUCAUCAAGCUGCUUGUCAUUUUUAUUAUUUCAUCAUUUCAACAGUCUCAGUGUUAGUUCCCUUGUUUAUGUUAAUAGAGCUGAGAAACCUUGUGUUGUGGUUAUUCACAAUCAAUGUUGAAGUUGCACUAGAUAUGUGUCAAGUUUAUUUCUCAUUCUUGAUCCAUUUUUAUUGGAAAGUAGUAAGUAGUCCCUGUUUACUUGCUAGCUUCUGUAUCAGCUGUGCUCUGUGCAGUAUUUUGUAUUCCUAUUGUGAAAUGUUACCUUUGUGUUUGUAAGUAUUAUCCAUGAGACUAGUUGAUCCACAUGGUUUAAUAUCUACAAUUGUACAGACCAAGAAUUGAUGAUCUAGUUUAAAGUGUUCGCUCUCAAUCAAAUUUCUAAUCUAAUUUUUGUUGUGAAUAUGUGGCAUAUUAAAUUUCAAGUACAUAGGUCCUGCCUACUAUAGGUGGAGCAGAAUUAAACAAAAUGAAUGACGAGAGCUUAUUGAAAAGCACAUGUCUUCACAACAUCAAACAAACAAAAAAUUAAACUAAGAAAGCAAAGAUGUUUUUGUCGUUUUUUUUUUUUUUUUAAUAAUAAUUUUUCUGAGAGGGGGAAGCAGGAAUUAAUUCCCUUUCUACAUUGACUUCCCAAAUAUGUAGGCUGUUCAGUCCUUUCAAGAUAUCUAUCUUUGGCCUGACCUUCCAUCCUUUGAUAAUUAAUCUAUAUCUGCUGCCUAGUGACGUCUCGGAAACAAUGAGAUAUAUUUUAAAAAUCAUGUUCACUCUUCAAGGUUUACUGAGUGUUAAAACAAUAUACAACUCAAAUCAUUUCACAUUGGCAAGUGACGCUCAACUCGUUUAGUGUUGUGGAAUUUUACUCCUAAUAUAUCUUCAUAAAAUGUGCAGCAGUUGUGAAUACAAUUUCUGUUCAGUUCCUAUUUUUAGCUUCAAAUUUAGAUAGUAAAUUACUUAAUUUUUAUGUUUUUUUACUCUGUCAUAUUUUUUGAUUAGAGAUUUUAAAUAAUGUUUUCCAGGGUUUAUAUGCAACAUCUUCAUUACUUUUAUUGAUUACAUAAGAAUGUUUGCUUUGCAUUACUCCAUAAUGUUCAUUCAUUGGUCUGUGGCUUUUAUGCAGUUGUCAAGGAAAAGCAUUGAAAGAUUUCUGCUGAACAGAGAUCACUUCAACAUUUCCUCCCUUACUCACAAAAUUGAUCUUGAAUUUUAUGAAUUUAAAUAUUGACUCUUUGAUUAGUUGUAAUUUUGACAGUUCGUACUUGAUUCUUAUUUAUUGUGCUGAUAUGGACUACCAAAUUUGUGUCUAUUAGAAACUAUGUUUUUUAGUCUUUACCAGUUUUUACUUUUGUAAGCAUUUUAUAAAUAUAGUUCCUCACAUAAUAUGAAGUAGUGUUACUCAUAAAAAUGAGUUAAUUUUUGUACUAUAGUAACUAGCAGAUUACACAUUCAUGUUCUUGCUAAGACUGUCUUUUUACCAUUACCAUUACAUUACAUAAGUUCAUGUCAUGAGUGUACUGUGGAUAAUAUGCCUGCAAAUAAAACAAACCAGCUACAUAAA